UCGGUGCUCGGGGCAGACCUGACGUCAGGCUCGCGGCUGCUCCUCUCUCGCUCGGUGGCAGGUGCGGUGCAUCUGGUGCAGUCUCAUCUGGUCGGGUCAGGUCUACCAAACCAGUGCCCUACGGAUUCGAGAAGAGGAGAGGUGAGUCGGGGCGGACGCAGGCCCAGCCAAGCUGGAACCGGGGAGCGGGUACACUCUGCAGGUCCCUGAUGAACCCAGGGAACCCUCCACCGUAUCCGGGCCCUGGUCCGACGGCCCCGUACCCACCUUAUCCACCACAACCAAUGGGACCAGGGGGCUGCCCUCCAGGACCAAUGGGGGGACCCUACCCACCUCCUCAGGGGUACCCCUAUCAAGGAUACCCACAGUAUGGCUGGCAAGGCGGACCUCAGGAGCCUCCUAAAACCACAGUGUAUGUGGUGGAAGACCAAAGACGGGAUGACCUGGGCCCAUCCACCUGCCUCACAGCCUGCUGGACUGCACUCUGUUGCUGCUGUCUCUGGGACAUGCUCACCUGACCAGCCCGACCUUCCUGUCCUGCCAGUUCUGCCACCACCUUCAACAGGUGUGCCUACCCCAUCUCUUCUGAUUGCUGAAAUAAAUGAAAAUGACUAGCUCUGCACAGACACUUCUACCUUCAACACAGUGGGAUUCUAGAUUAGCAGGGGUUGCACUGCUGUUUAAUUCAGUGACUUUAUCUUUUUAAUGUUUAAAAUCCAUUUCUUAUUGGCC